AUGGGUGAUUACGGCAUUAUGGAUGAACUCACUGCUGCAUUGGCACUCAUUCAACAACAAAUGCAGACUCAGCAACAGCAGAUGUUGCAGAUGCAGCAGACCAUCCAAAAUCAUCAACAAGCUGCUCAGAAACAAGCAGGCGUGAACGCCGCGCGAGAAGAGCGUGGUGCUUUUAUUGGGGAGGAAAACCUUCUGCGGAACUUCGCUACUAACCGCUCCCCCAUCAACCCUCCACCCUGUACUCGACAAGAUUAUGAGAUCAAACCAGCACGGAUAGGUCUGGUACAGAAGAGCACGUUCAGCGGCCUCACUUCAGACAUUCCAAUGGACCACAUAGAGGCCUUUGAGAGGAUCUGCAAUUUCUCUCGCUCUAAUGGAGUACCACCAGAUUAUGUCAAAUGCACGUUGUUCCCAUUCUCUCUUGAAGGGAAAGCUUCUCGCUGGUUGCAAUCUUUCCCAAACAGUUCUCUCACCUCAUGGGACCAGGUUCGAUCAGCAUUCCUGAGCCACUUCUACACAAAGUCCAAAAUCGCGGCUCUACGGUACAUAAUCUCCAACUUCAAGCAGAAGUCUGAUGAACCUUUUCAUGAAGCUUGGGAAAGGUAUAAGGAAUACCAGAGAGAGUGCCCACACCAUGGGUUUGAUGAUGAUUAUAUAUUAGAGGUGUUCUACGAUGGAGUGAGUUAUGAGUUCCGAAACACCCUUGACUCUUCUAGUAAUGGAGACUUCAUGACUCAAACCACACCUGGUGUGUUUGCGUUGAUUGAGAACAUGGCAUCAAGUUCACUGAACAAGAACAAGGAGCAUGACCGCUCGAAGAGUGUGAACAUCAUAGAUGAUCUCGCAGCGAAUGUGGACCAACUGCUUAAGGGAAACCAAAACCAAGUGUUCAUAAUGGAAGAAGCAACUCCUGAGAAGAGUGUCGGUGACCUGGCGUUUAAAGCUGAAUUAUCAGGGGACGAUCAGCAAGAGGUGAGCUACGUGAAUGGGCAAGGAUGGCAGCUCAAAAACUACCACCCAAACCCUAACGUGCAGAACAACCAACAGCUUUUCUGCCCUAAGCAAGAUAAACCAACUGAUCAUGCGCAGAGUAACCGUGUCAGUAUGCCGGGGUAUCAAAAGAACUACCAACCCCGGGCUUAUGUUCUAAGCCAACCGCAGAACACCACACCCCAGUUGCAGAAACACCAGAACCCUCAACCAGCUACCUCCGCUCCUAUCGUUGCUCCGCAAGAUGAGACAAAGGUCAUGUUGCAGCAGCUGCUCCAAGGACAACAACUCCAAGGGAAAGCUCUAAACCAGCCGGAGAAGAGGAGGUUCACCACGGCUGAGGAAGGGAAGCAGAAAGAGUCGGAACAACUACCAUCCGAUACCCCGGCAGUUGAGAGGAAUACGAAACCAGCAGUUGGAACAAGUUCGCCAGGGCCAGAACAACCAGCUGAAGCUGUUCGCCCGAUCCCAGAGGUUGUUCCUCCUCGCGAAUACAUUUUUAAAGUCUUUUACCCUGUUCCAACAAAGGCCACUCGUAAGGACAGAGAGGAGAUGAAGUGCAGGAAGAUGCUAGAGGACCUAACCGUCCAACUCCCCUUGAUGGAUGCAAUCCAGAUGAUGCCCUCCAUGUGCAGCUUUACGAUGGGAUUGAUCUCAGGAAAAAUAUCAGAGGAGAGCGAAUUCAUGACAGUUUCCAAGGAGUGUAGCGCAGUGCUUCAGAACAGGCAGAUAAAGAAGCAAGGAGACCCCGGCAAGUUCGUCCACUCUAUUCAGAUUGGGAAGACAGUUUUGCGUGCUCCUUGGUUGAUCUUGGAUCCAGCGUGA